ACGCCAUUACGUGAGGAAUGAAUGAAGCGUCAUCCUUUCGGCUGCAACUUCGGUCCUACAGCAGCGCGCGGUCCUUAUUUGCCGCAUUUUCUCUCUCUCCCUCUAGCUUCAACUAAACAAAGUAUAUACUGUUGAAUUCUAUAACCAUGGCGCGAAGCAUACCCUUCUGCGCCGUCCCAACUUGUCUGCUCCUUAUCAGCGGACUGUGUUAUCGAGUGGCUGCCGACGGGCUGGUGAACGAGGAGGUGAAACGAACGGUGGACCUAAGCACGCACCUUGCUAAAAUAACAGCAGAGAUUAUUCUGUCAAACCAGGGAGACUCCGCGGUACAUAGCUUUAUCUUGGCAGUAGAGCCCGACUUGGCCCCCAACCUCGCGUACGUCGGAGCAUCGGUAAGUGACUUCGGAAUGUAUUCGCUGUAAACCACACAUUUUUUCCCAGGUAGCUACCGAACACAUGAUUAUAGGUAGCCGGCUAGCUAGUUAGCUAGCAUGCACAUAUUUGUCCUGCAGCGUCAAGGCAAGGAAGCUAACUAACUACUUGCUAGCUAGCUACUUGCUAACUAGAAAAUGUAUACUUUUGCUAAAUGGCCGAUCUAGCUAACAAUGCAAGGAUGUAGCAAAAAAAUAAUUAUAAGUUAAUUAUGUGAUUGUGGCGUGGAACUGUUUGAAUGGGAUAGCGAGUUCACUUCCGCAACACUCGUUCUGUCAGUGACCGAAUGACACGUAUGCGCUGAGAGGAGUUAUUUCCGUCUAAUAUGUAUUCUGAACAGCUCCUUUUGUGUGCAUGAUUUUUGGGACCUUUGAUUAUGUCAGAUAAUGUUUAGUAACUAGCUAGAGUAAAUGUUUUCCUCAUGGUGGGGGUUGUAAAUUCAAAUUUGUGUGUGCUGUCAGUGAUUGUUUGCACACCACCCAUACCCGUGGGGAAAGAAUACGAACUCGACAUUCACAACGCUGCAUACUCAAACUCAUUCCUGCCUGUAAUGAAUAAGGGCCAUGUCCAGUUCCAGUAAUAAGAGUUGAAUUGCACCAGAUUGGACAGACAUGUAAACACGUGUCUCUUUGCCAGGUGAAGGGUGAUGAAGAGGAGGAUGGCAUACUUGAGCUCAAGCAGACAACUAUCCAAGGCCAAAAGUGAGAGGUCUUUAAUUGCUGGUGCAUCCCUGUUCACUAAGGUUACCUUGCUUAUCCAUUGUCAAGCAUUAGACUGUAAAGUUAGUAGAUAUGCACAUUUUCACCAUGUUAAACUUCACCCCUUUUUCCCAGUGGAGUUUCUCUCACUGUUUCAGUUUGUCCCCUUGCCAUGUGUGCUGGUGUCCACUGACCUGACCCCCCUCCUAUCUGCUAUCCUCUUACAGUGGGGAGUUCUACAAGGUGCAGUUACCCUCCAGUCUGGGUGUUGGCGCAAAGCUGCGAGUGAAGGUGGAGACAGUCCUGAGCCACAUCCUGAGGCCCUUCCCCACUCACAUCACCCAGGCUGAGCGUCAGCUGGUGGUGUUUCAGGGCAACCACUACCUGUACUCUCCCUACCCCACCCGCAGCCAGACCACCCGUGUCCGCCUCGCCUCUAAGACUGUGGAGAGCUACACCAAGCUGGGCAAUCCCAGCAAGAGCGAUGAGGCCAUCGAGUACGGCCCCUUCCGUGAUGUCGCCCCAUUCAGUGAGGUAAAAUGUCUCUGAAGGCCCUGACUGGGUUUGAGAUGCAUUGAUUUGUCGUUGAAUGGUCUAAACACUGUUGGGCCAGCUGAAUAGCAAACAUUGGGUUAGUGGAUUCAUAUUUGGAGAAAUGUGAUAUUUUUUUGUUUCUCAUUCUUUUUAGGAUGCCCUGAAGGUCCAUUAUGAGAACAACACCCCCUUCCUCACCAUUAGCAGCAUCACCCGCAUCAUUGAAGUCUCACAUUGGGGAAACAUUGCUGUGGAAGAGACCAUCGACAUGAGGCACACAGGGGCAUUCCUGAAAGGUCCUUUUUCCCGUUAUGACUACCAGCGCCAGUCUGACAGUGGCAUCUCAUCAGUCAAAUCCUUUAAGGUGUGUUGAUUUUAAAGACUCCUUUAUUGGCAUGGAAUAUUGGUGCAUUUGCAAAUCAUGCUCUCAAAGGUGACCUGUCAAGAUUGUAUAAUAACUACAUCUCCUCUUUCUCCCAAAGACCAUCCUUCCUGCCUCAGCCCAGGAUGUGUACUACCGGGAUGAGAUCGGCAACAUCUCCACCUCCCACCUCCAGAUUCUGGAAGACUCUGUGGAGGUGGAGGUUAGGCCCCGCUUCCCCUUGUUUGGUGGUUGGAAAACCCACUACAUUAUCGGCUACAAUCUGCCCAGCUACGAGUACCUCUACACCCUGGGUGAGUUGACUAGAUUACCAUAUUACUAUAACUGUUUAUAACCAGAACUCUUUAAAGAGAAAUGGCCUAACUGAAAGCCACAAAAUAAUAUGCUAACUCUUGAUUCAUAUAUUCCUAUGGUCCUCAGGGGAUCAGUACGCUCUGAAGAUGAGGCUGGUUGAUCAUGUAUAUGAUGACCAGGUUAUCGACUCCUUCACUGUUAAACUCAUACUGCCAGAAGGCGCCAGGUGAGCGUGUAUUUGUGUAUGUGGCAGGUAGCUUAGUGGUUAAGAGCGUUGUGCCAGUAACCGAAAGGUUGCUGGUUCUAAUCCCCGAGCCGACUAGGUGAAAAAUCUGCCGACGUGCCCUUGAGCAAGGCACUUAACCCUAAUUGCUCCUGUAAGUCGCUCUGGAUAAGAGUGUCUGCUAAAUGACAUAUGUAAAUGUAUGUGCACACACCUUUAGCGUCUGUGGAAAUGGAUAGAUCUCCUGUUUCAUUCUAUUGAUCCACGUCUCUUCCUCUCAGGAACAUCCAUGUGGAAACCCCCUACCCCAUUGACCGUAUUCCAGACCAGCUGCAUUACACCUACCUGGAUACCUUUGGCCGUCCCGUGCUGGUGGCCUCUAAGAACAACCUAGUGGAGCAGCACAUCCAGGACGUAGUGGUGAGCUGCUAGCCCCUAGUGGAGGAUGGAAUGUGAGACUUUAGGGGGGAGAUUAAAACGUUUGUAUUUUUGUUUCACUGCGUCUGUAAAACCAGAGUGUCAUUACUAUGACAGGAUUAUUAGAAGCACCACCACCUAAAUAAAAAACAGAAACAUUCAAGAUGCAUGAUUUACAGCCGCCAACCCUUUCAGAGAAAAUAUUUAGAUGUAAGGUUGGUCCCCAAUUGAUGCUGUGAGUUCCUCAGUGUCUCUCUCUGUCUCAUCCCCCAGGUGCAUUAUACCUUCAAUAAGAUCCUGAUGCUGCAGGAGCCCCUGUUGGUGGUGGGGGCGUUCUACAUCCUCUUCUUCACUGUCAUCAUCUAUGUGCGCCUGGACUUCUCCAUCACUAAGGUACACCAUCCUCAACAUACUCCUCCUCAGUCUCUUUAUUAGUGGUAGCACUUUUACUCUCCUCAUCACUCCCUUCUAAGUUUAUCUCCUUUUUCCUGUAUUCUCUCUUUCAUUCUUUCCCCCCGUUUCAGGACCCUGCUGCAGAGGUUCGUAUGAAGGUCUCCUCCAUCACAGAGCAGGUCCUGACCCUCGUCAACAAGCGUUUAGGGCUGUACCGCCACAUGGAUGAGGUGGUGAAUCGCUAUAAGCAAUCUCGAGACACGGGUGCCCUGAACAGCGGCCGCAAGACCCUGGAGGCCGAUCACCGCACCCUCACCAACGACAUCAGCUCCCUGCAGGCACGCCUCAAAGCAGAGGGCUCCGACCUUGCAGAUAAGGUGUGUGUGUGUAUUAAAUUGUGUGUAAAGUACUUGGUGUGUGUACAGUUUAUACCUACCUGUAUGUAUACACUUUGCUGAACCUCACAUUCCCCUGUGUUUGUCAACAGGUGGGUGAGGUGCAGAAGCUGGACGGCCAGGUGAAGGAGCUGGUGUGUCGCUCCUGGCAGGAGGCUGAGCGUCUGGUGGCAGGCAAGGUUAAGAAGGAGGCCUACAUCGACAACGAGAAGACCCUCGCUAGCAAGAGACUGGAGCUGGUGACCCGGGUCGACAGUCUGCUGGACACCCUGUAAACACCACUAUACACGUGUCAGCCUACAAUACACAUACACACACACGUACGUGCUGCCCCAACUACCCAUCUGUUGGUCCGGUCCUGCAGUCAUUUUAUAAUAAGAAUUUACAUUUGCACACGUUCACCCGCAAACUCAUUGUCCAUCCCAGACACAAAGUACACACACUAAAGGAACCUGGAGGUGCAUACAAACAUUUGUGCCUUUGUGCCUCGCUAGAAACAUAACAGCGUUAUGCUGAACACCACAGGGAUUGCUUGCGUCACACCUUACAUGGCAGUCUAAAGUAAGUUAAAUUGCGUGGAAGAGCUCUGUUGCUCUGAGUAAAUGCAGCAUUUAUGUUAAAUUGGAAUCCUCUUUUGUAUUUAGUUUUUUUUACCCUUUUGAAUGAUUGUUGGAGACACAAUCUUUUUUUCGUGUUACUCUGUAAGGGUUGUCAAAUGCCUCAUCUGUCCCGUGUCUACACUCCCUUGAGUCCUUCCAACCUGUACUCUCUUCUAAAGGGUGGAGUAGUUAUCAAUGCCCCUGAAAUAAGGGGUCCCUUGAGUCAAACAAUCUCUAAAUGUCUUUGUCAUAUUCUUUGCACUUACGAACUACCAUUGUUACUUCCCCAUGGCCAUUAUAUUUAUAUAUUUGAACAAAGUUGAAGCACUGUGGACCCCAAUCCAAAGGGUUACUAUCUUCAUGUUAUGUUUCUCAUUGUCCCUCUGUAAUUUUUUCUAACAUUUGUAUCAUUUCUCUUUUUUGUAAAUGGUAUGUUUUCUUUGAUAGGAGAUUUAGUGAAUGCAUGAGAUUAGGCCAUGUGUGUGGGGAAGAGUAUGGGGCAAUCGAAGACAUUGAGUUAUAAUGUAUGUGAACCUGUAUCAGUAGUAAAUGGGAAAAUGAACCAAGUUUGAAAUAAAUAAGAAAAACAUGACAGAUUUUAUCAACUGUGUUAA